ACAUGAGACUUAUUCCGUCAUAUCGCACACUAGACUCCUUUUCUCAUGAUAUUCCUCGCCUGAUUUCGAGUUUUUGGAUUUUAAUCUGAAUAUUGUUAUAAAUUUGCCAGAGUAUGGUGGUUGCUGAUAGAUUUUUGGUAAUUUAACGAAUGAAAAGACGGCUAUUUUUGUUUUAUCUGCUCACACUACUACACUGUGUUCACUCAAAUGACGACCGGGAUUUUGCGAUAAGAAGGGCUUCUUGUAGAAGAUUAUGUGCUACAAAGUACUCCAAGUCUCUAGGAACCUGUCUGGAACAAUGCUCUCUACCCCGGGCCUGUUCUCUAUACAACUGUCACUUGUUCUGUAACCCUGGUGAUGACCUCUGUCUGGACACCUGUCAGAGUUUUACUAACUUUACUGUUGGUUCUUGUGAGAAGGAGUGUUCUGCAGGACCUGUUGUUGAUGUGAAGGAGCUCCAGCCGGGAACAGCUUCUUUACGCGUUAGCGCCAAAUUAGCACUAAAAGUCGAAUCACACGUGAUCCUGAUCAAGCAAAUAAACAAAGAAACUGGACAGAACUUGACCUACGACUUUUCAUUUGAUCUGAACACCACUUUCACCGGUCUCUAUCCUUGGUUUCAAUAUCAAGUAGAUGUCAUUUCACUAUUUUCAAACUCCUGUUGUGUCUCUACAGGGCUAUGGAUUGGAAGCGUCUCAUUCGAUCGUACAGGAUACACUGUGGUAGAUAGCAGGAAAGUGAGCAAUGUAACUUUCCUCCCUUACCCAUUACCAGCUUCCUGGAUAGACACGACCUUGACUGGCAGAGUGUCGUACAAUGUAGACAUCACUUGGUUCUACGAUACUACUAAUGAGACGUACCAGAGGGAAGGAACUAGGAAGAUUAACAACAAUGAUAUUGGAGUGAGGGGAGGGGAGGUUAUUGAAGGGUCGGAGAGUGUCUACACGUCCUGCUAUGGUACUGAUAUUAUACAAGAAGUGUUUUAUUGUGUUUACCGCGGGUUUGGUAUGGGAUACCUCUUCAAAGAAUCCCUGGCCCACAAACCCCGCCCUUCAGUAUUAUAUGUAGACAAUAAGUCAGGGGACGAGGUACUGGUAGAGGUAGAACUAUCUAUAAAACCUAGGAAUACCUGCAAAUACUUCCCCUGGGUGGACCACACUAAACCAAUAGGCUUGCAACUGGAGUGUAGUAGAAGACACAGGACCACAAGUCAGGUGGAGGUAGCUUACAGAGCAGAUAUCCAUAUCCAUAUAAGGGCAUGUUUUAUGAGUGUUGAAGAAGGUGGGACAAUAAACCAGCCGUGUUGUAGUGACAAGGGUGUGGGUUGUGUCUGGGACGAGGACAACAAAUUGCUGAAAAAUCUCACUGAGGCUCGGAACUAUCUGAUCUACUUUUACAACAGCACUACUGACAAUAGUGUCUGCAAGAAAGAACUGCCAUGUGAUGGGUUCUACGAACGUGUCACACCACGUGAUAUCAAGAAGUGCUCCACCCCUCUCCCCCUGCUUACAAUAAUCAUUCCCUCUAUUUCUGGCUUUGCGCUAGUUCUUAUUGUUGUCGUUGGUGCGAUUACCCUCUGGAAGUUCAAGUGUGGGAAUGUGCUGGUUGCUAAAGAAGCUAACAUACCCUGGGACGGACAGGGACUUGGAGGAGAGCUCUCCAGGGAUGCUAUUUCAAAAGAGAGUUACUUGGACAGAGGGAACUUUGGGUACAUCCUAGGAGGGAAACUAAAAGUAAAGCUGCAUGAGAAAGAUGAGCUUACUAAGCAGUACGAUGUGGCUUUAAAAAUACUCAAGACUAAGGUGGAUAAAGAAGAACAUCUAGCAGAAACCGAAGAAAAUAUUAAAGAUGCUAAGAAAGCGAUGAAAGCAGAGAUCCACAUAAUGAAGCAGAUCCAAGGUUCGGGGCGGGAGCUGGGUGAGCACGUGCUAAGAAUGUAUGGGUAUGUGGUAGAUGCACCUCCGUACAUUCUAGUGCUUGAGCUGUGUGUCACAAACCUCACUCGCUACCUCCGGAGACUCAGGAUACAGAUCGAGAACAAGACUCUUUCACCUGAAGAGGUACAGAUCGGUACAGUGUUGAGUAUUGAAGAUCACAAGAACAGUAUCUCAAAACAAGACCGAGUAAAGAACCUUGCACGUGCAAAAGAAGAACCUGCGCGCAAGAGUAAAAGUUUGACAAGAUCAGGAGCAGAGAACAGAGGCCGUGAGAGAGGAGACAGAACAGAGAGUACCUUAGUGAGCCAAUCUGGUGCUGAAAAUACUCUCUCUCUAGUUCACAACAGACCGAGAGUACUAUCAAGGGGAGCUCAAGGAAACACCAGUUCGUAUAACGACAGUGUGCACGGUAAAAUGUCCCGACUCGAGCCCAGUAUGGAUAGGUUUAAAGACACUGUUCUAACUACAGCAGACCUUCUGAACUUCUGCCGGCAGGUUUCCUCUGGAAUGGACUUCCUACACAGCAUAGAGCUGAUACACAGAGAUCUAGCGGCUGAUAACGUACUGCUAAAAGAGGAACCUGACGGAAAGCUGACAGUUAAAAUUUGUGAUUUCGGGCAGAGCAGGAUGCUUUACAAUGGAAAGUACAUGUGCUCGGGGGACAGUGUUACAGACCGACAGAGGAUGUUCAGGCUCAGGUGGACAGCUCCCGAGAUCAAGCAAGAUCCUAAGAAAUGGUCAAAGUUUAGCGAUGUUUGGUCCUAUGGAGUGCUCAUGUGGGAAGUCUUUACACUGGGAGGAAUACCCUACCCAGGGUGGCCAGAUCACCACGUGCUCGACAACUUACUGUCCGGGAUGAGGAUGAAACAGCCGCCAUGCUGUAGCGACACAGUCUGGGAGAUGGCGCUGAGGUGCUGGGACCACAACCCUCAGGCUAGGGGCGAGUUCAAUGAGAUUAAGCUGGAGCUAGAUAAGAUAAUGUGUGAGGAUCGAGACAAGGAACUAGGAGUUAAACCUUCAGACUACACGUUUUGUGACGUACCAGCUGAGACAGAGGAUAAUCAUAUACUGGGAACAGCUGAAGAAGUUGACCUGAACCUCAUGGAUACUGACGAGGGAGAAGGACCACUAGAUUUAAAUACCGACGAGUGGGUUGUAGUUGAAAACAGGACAGCUGGUCAGAUCAACAGAGCGGCCGGGGAGCAGAGAGUUACGCUUCAUGUAAAUAGUGACACAGUCAGGAUCAGUCCAGAUGAUAUAGCCCAGUUUUGAUGAACAUAUAGCUACUAGCUAGCUAGCUCAUAGCUAGCUACUAUGUGCUAGCUAAUAUAGCUAAAAAUUCAUUGUAAAUCUUAACUGAUUUUUGUUUCUUUGAUGAUAGAUGAAAAUCUUUCUUAUCUAAUGCUCGAAUCUAUAAAUUUAUGAAUACUAUUGUAGAGAUGUGCUGUGAACUGAAUGUAAAGCUGCUAUUCUUUAUUCACUAUUUUAAUUUUAAGUUUUCAAAACUCCAUUUUAAUUAUUGGUUAUUUCCCUUUAAUUUAUUGAUUCCAAUUCCAUACACCCACAUAGAUACAGAUCUACUUCUAGCUCUGCCAUUACCUGGUAGAAAGAAAACUGAAUCCAUUUCGGUUUCAAUAAAAAUCACUUAAAGUAAAAUAUUAUCAUUCAUGUGUUAUAUUCAUUACACUUAAACUCAAAGACA